CGGCCGCCCCCGGGUAGUGGGACCUUGAGCGGGAGAUGGAGAAGGGUCGCUGUUCCGAGGAGACAGGCAGCCCAUAUUGCCGCCCGGAGGCACAGGCAGGUGUGACCGGAGAGGGCCAGCAGCUGCGUGGACGGGCAGGAGGUAGGAGGCCCACUGAAGUGCCUGGCUCUGGGAGGUGGGAUGAAGACAGCCACCCCACAGGCAGCCCCCCGCCUGCAGGUGCGGGGGAAGGCCCCUGUGGGCAGGAUUGGCAUCCGGCGCAGCACCAAGCGGGACCGGAAGUCCAUCACUUUGCAUGUGAAGCUGGAGGUGCUGCGGAGGUUUGAGGAAGGCGAGAAGCUGACACAUAUCGCCAGGGCACUGGGGCUGGCCACGUCCACCGUGGCCUCCAUCCGCGUCAAUAAGGAGAAGAUCCGGGCUAACUCCCAGGCUGCCACGCCACUCAGCGCCACUCAGCUGACCCGCUGUCGGAGUGUGGUGAUGGGCCACAUGGAGCGGCUGCUGAGCCUGUGGAUCGAGGAGCAGAAGCGACAGAACCUGCCCGUGAGCACACAGCUCAUCCAGGACAAGGCGCGCCGGCUCUUCGCAGAGCUGCAGCGCCAGCAGGGAGAGGGCGCCCAGGCCGAGACCUUUGGAGCCAGCAAUGGCUGGUUUGCGCGCUUCAAGGCACGCCACAACGUGCUGCUGACGGAUGAGCCGGCCGUGGCCGAUGCCCAGGCUGCCGCCCGCUAUCCCACAGUGCUGCGAGCCAUCCUGGAGGAGGGCUGCUACUUGCCACAGCAGGUCUUCAACGUCGACGAGACAGGCCUCUUCUGGAAGAGGCUGCCUGAGCGGACGCUGCUGGCGCUGGAGCGGGCAGCUGGGCCGGGACCCAAGGCAUCCAAGGAUCACCUGACCCUGCUCCUCGGUGGCAACGCGGCUGGCGACUUCAAGUUGAAGCCCUUGCUGGUGUACCCCUCGGAGAACCCACGGGCCCUCAAGGGCUGCCCCAAGGCCAGUCUGCCGGUGGUCUGGCGCUCCAACCGCAAUGACUGGCUGACGCCCAGCAUCUUCCAGGAGUGGUUUACUGGCUGCUUCUGCCCAGCUGUGGAGAGCUACUGCACCCGCCAUGGCCUCCCGAACCGUGCCCUACUGCUCCUGGACAGUGCACCCUGCCACCCUGCCCACUUGGACGGCCUCUCGGCCCAGGUGCGAGUUGAGUUCCUACCCAAGAACACCUCGGCCCUGAUCCAGCCCAUGAACCAGGGCGUCAUCGCCGCCUUCAAGGCCCAUUACCUGCGGCGCACACUCAGCCAGCUGGUGCAGGAGACGGCUGGGGAAGACCGGCCCUCUGUGCACGAGUUCUGGCGCAGCUACACUGUCAUAACCGCGGUAGACAACAUCGCCGAGGCCUGGGCAGAGCUCCGGCCGGCUGUGAUGAAUGGUGCUUGGCGGAAGCUGUGGCCCGAGUGUGUGCCCAUCGGUGCCCCUGAGCCAGACACAGUGCCCCAGCUCCGCCGCAGCAUUGUGGCACUGGCCAGCCAUGUGGGCCUUGGGGACUUGGCUGAGACUGACGUGGCCUGCCUGCUGCAGGCCCAUGGCGAACCCCUGCCCCACACCAGCCCCCAGGAAGCACAGGGUGGGAAGGCUGGCUGCGCUGGGCCAAUGUGGGAGGAAGGGAAAGGCUUGGGGUCCCAGAGCCCAGCGCAGGAGCUCACCAGGGUCAGGGAGCCUGGGAGAACUGAGGAGGUGGCUGUGGGCAGGCUGAGCCCUGAGUACAUGGCCCAGGCCCUGUCCCACUUUGCCACUGGUCUGCAGGUCCUGGUAGACAAUGAUCCCAACCGGGAACGCAGCCUACGGGUGUGUCGGGCCGUCCACAGCGCCCUCGCCCAUCUGCGGGAGCUGCAUCGGGACAGAAGGCCGCAGGCUCUGAUAGUCUCUGCGGCUGGGGAGGCGCCUGGAGGCCCUCAGGAAGGGUCUGUGGAAGACUGUCGGGCAGCAGAGGCCACAGGCCCAGGAAGACACAGCAGGGCUGCUGCGCUGGUUCUCUCUGUGGAUCCCACGUCAGGAGCAGACCUUACAUGA